AUGUCUGUGGAGCGCACAUUGGCACCCGAGCAUGAGGCGCUUACCUGGCAGAGAUUCCGCACAGCAUUCUACUCCAAGUAUUUUCCCUCCAGUCGCCUGAGGGAGCUGGAGAGGGAAUUUCUCAAUCUGAAUCAAGGAACUAUGACUGUGGAUGAGUAUGAGGCAGAGUUUGACAGGCUAUCUCGGGCUAAGAAUCUGGAAAUUGUCUGGAAAGAAACCUAUGAUGCCAAAGAUAAGAAACAAAAGAAGAGAAGCAGAGAUUAUGAUGCUCGCAGUAGACAGAAUUCUAGCAAAACUGCAAAAUCACAUAACCAAUCUUGGCAAUCAGGGAAGCAAGGAUCUGAUGGAAAGACUAUUCAGCAAGAGAAGCAGAAGUGUGAUGCAUGUGGUGAUAUUGGCAUAAGACUGAACACUGUAGACGAUUAUCUGGUGCCUGUUUUAGAUGCGGCCAGCAGGCGUCAUAAGGUGUACACUGAUCACAAAAGUUUGAAAUACCUUUUUACCCAGAAGGAACUAAACAUGAGACAGAGAAGAUGGUUAGAGUUACUGAAGGAUUAUGAUUUGUCUAUUCAUUACCAUCCGGGAAAAGCUAAUGUGGUAGCAGAUGCACUGAGCAGAAAAUCCACUGGUAGUAUUGCUGCCUUACUCACCUCUCAGAGGAAAAUUCUGGAAGAUCUGAGGAGAGCAGAAAUUGAGGUAUGUUGGCAUGACUCCGAUGCACAAUUGGCAAAUUUACGUGUCCAACCUACCUUGAUAGAGAGGAUCAGGAUUGCUCAAGCAGAUGACCCUCAGUUGCAAAAGCUUAAAAGUGAUAUUGAAUCAAGUUCUCAAUCAGAAUUCAGACUUCAUGAGGAUGGAUCAUUGAGAUACCAGGAACCGAAUGUGUAUUCCAAAUGA